AUGGUCUUCGUCGCCAACGGCUCAGCGGAGCUCGAUGCGCAGUCGCAGUACAAGAUGAUCAUCUCCGUCUGCGUCCUCAUGUCGGCGCUGGCCACCAUCAUCGUCGGCGCGCGCCUCUACAUUCGAAAGAAGAACAACCGCAUCGCCGGCGACGACUGGAUGUCGGCCCUAUCCCUCCUCUUUGCCAUUGCCUACUCCAUCCUCUGCAUCGUUCAGACAAAGUAUGGCCUCGGCCUGCUUCCCGCCAAGCGGCCCAAGGAAAACCUCAUCCCGUACACGCGCGUCAACUACGCCGGUCGUCCCAUCUACCAGGUCGGCAUCAGCUUCUUCAAGAUCGCCCUGCUCAUCAGCUACCUGCGCCUGCUGCAGGGCACCGAUAACCGCGUCUACCGCAUGGUUGUCUGGGCCACCAUCGCGUUCGUCUUUCUGAACCAUCUGGGCAGCGCCCUUGCCCUAAUCUUCAACUGUAACCCGGUUGACAAGUCGUGGAAUCCUCAGAAGCCGGGCACCUGCCUGCCCGCUGUCGCCUCUUUCACGGCCUACGCCGUGCUCACGAUUAUCUCAGACGUGCUCGUCGCCGUUCUACCGAUCCCCGUCCUGCUUAAGCUCAACAUCCGGCUCGAGAAGAAGCUCGGCCUCAUGGGCAUCUUUGCGCUGGGCCUUUUUACAACAAUGUGCUCCAUCCUGCGCUACACGCAAAUUAACCGCAUUCAGUUCGGCGACCACGAUUCGACCAUGCUCGUUGUGUGGGGCGUCAUCGAGUUCAACGUGGGCAACAUGGUGUCGUCGCUGCCCUUCCUGGCACCCGUCUGCCUGCGCAAAGCCAAGGACUACCGCACCAAGCACUCCAAGUACAGCUACGGUUCCAACGGCAACAGCAGGAACCGCCCCGGCGGCGGCGUCAUCAAGGGCAGCGAGGCCUACAAGCUCACCGACGUCUCGCAGGACAAGAGCGUCUUUGCCGCCUCUCAGGCCCACGCCUCGGGCAGCGAGGAGAAUAUCCUGAACAAGAACAAUGCUAUCAUGAAGUCGGUCACUUACAGCGUUCGCGUCGAGGACGACGACGAGCACGUGAGCAGCCAUACCCAUCAACCACAUGCGCUCUAA